AUCUCUGCUGUGGAUUAUAAACCGCCAAAAUUGUGGAGGCACUUAAAAUGAAGACUGAGCUGCGUUCUUGCGCAGCGUGUGGGGAGCCAAUUUCAGAUAGAUUCUAUCUCGAAGUUGGUGGCUGUUCGUGGCAUGCCAAUUGUCUGCGAUGUUGUAUGUGCAUGUGCCCGCUGGAUCGUCAACAGUCCUGUUUCAUCAGGGAACGACAGGUCUACUGCAAAGCAGAUUACAGCAAAAAUUUUGGCGCCAAGUGUUCAAAAUGUUGUCGCGGCAUCUCAGCCUCCGAUUGGGUUAGACGAGCCCGUGAUUUAGUAUUUCAUUUAGCCUGCUUCGCAUGUGACCAAUGUGGUCGACAACUUUCCACUGGAGAACAAUUCGCCCUGAUGGAAGACAGAGUUCUCUGCAAAUCCCACUACCUGGAGACGGUCGAAGGAGGCACUACCUCAAGUGACGAUGGCUGUGAUGGAGAUGGUUACCACAAGAGCAAAACGAAACGUGUUCGGACAACAUUUACCGAAGAACAGCUACAAGUAUUACAGGCCAACUUUCAAAUAGACAGCAACCCCGACGGCCAGGACCUGGAACGCAUUGCCUCCGUUACGGGCCUGAGUAAGCGGGUGACACAAGUCUGGUUUCAAAAUUCCCGAGCACGUCAGAAAAAACAUAUACAUGCUGGUAAGAAUAAAAUGCGUGAACCUGAAGGAAAUUCAUUUGCCCGCCACAUCAACCUGCAGCUUACCUAUUCGUUCCAGAAUAAUGCUCAAAAUCCCAUGCAAUUGAAUGGCAAUAAGGCUGGACUAUAUCAAACUCAUGAAUCUUCAAUGGAUGAAUUAUCACAGGACUCCAGUGUGCAUUGUAUGCAAAGUGAAGUGUGACUUAAUCUGUUAGAACCUAAUUAGAUCAAUUACCUUAUCUUACUAUUAGAAGUGUGUUAUUUUUUUUUAAAGAAAUAUUUAAAAUAUUUUAGAAAACUAAAUGAAAACGUCCUAAUCCUAGUCAAAAUUGCAAAAUCGUCCAAUUCUAAAGA